AUGGAGAAAGCCGUUGAACACGCCAUCUACGAUACUGGUUAUGGGGAAAAGCCAGACGUGUCAUCUUUGCUCAGGGGAGAGCUUAACCCGACAAAAGAAAUGUUCGGCAGUAAAACGUACUUCAUCACAGACCAGCGAGGAUAUGUUUACAUCAUCGAGCAAAUGGCAGGAAGCUUUCUCGCAGAAAAUGACCGACGGCUCAAGCUCAAUAAAACAGUUACCACAGUACAGUGGGGUGACCAUGGUGUGAUUGUCACUACCAAAGAUGGUUCUAAAUACGCAGCCGACUAUGCAAUCGUGACCUUCAGCAUGGGGGUUCUACAAGACAACUCCAUCGAGUUUGUUCCGGGUCUGCCCGACUGGAAACGAGAGGCCAUCUCACGAGUACGCAUGGCCGUGUACACCAAGAUCUACCUGAAGUUUCCAUCUAAAUUCUGGGACGACGAUGCGAACAUUUGGUACGCUGGAGAGCGCAGGGGGUACUACACCGUGUGGCAGAACAUGGAGGCACCAGGCUUGUUUCCUUCGGGUUCUCACAUCAUUCUUGUGACAGUUGUGGACGAAGAGGCACGACGUGUGGAGGCCCAGUCUGACCAAGCAACUCAGGCCGAAGUCAUGGCUGUCCUCCGCACCAUGUACGGAGCCGGCAUCCCCGACCCUACAGACAUCCUGGUGCCGAGAUGGGAACAGGACCCGUUCUUCCGCGGCAGCUACGCCAACUGGGGAGUCGGCAUCAAUGAUGAGGUGCUGCACAAGCUGCAAGCUCCUGUCGCCGGGCGUCUUUUCUUCGCAGGAGACGGGACCGGUCCGCACUUUGGCUACCUGCAGGGCGCCUUCCUUGAGGGAGCGAGAGUUGCUGACGCCAUCGCGACGUGUGUGAGAGGAGGCCCGUGUGAGAAGGAGUACCAGCCGCCCCGCCGGGGUUGUACCUGUCCCGCUGCAGCCAACUUCGACAUCCAGGCCACGGUAGACGACGGGUCCUGCCUGUACACCAGUGGCGGAGGCAGCAUCAUGCCGUUUUCAACCUCAUUCUAUCUUGUGAUUUUUGCAGCGUUUACAUUCAAUUGUAUGGUGUAAGUUGGGCAGUUUUUUUAAACCUCACUAAUAGCCAGAAUUUACUUUUAUUUUACUUUCAGCAUUUACUUAACAAAAAUGGGUCAAUGACCCACUUAAUCCUCGGUGUAUAUGGUGUCAUAAGGACUGGUCAUUCGUUAUAACCACAGAAUAGAUUAACGGAGUGAGCUUAGCGAAGGAGGUAAUUCUAUUUAACGUAAUUAUCAUAUAGCCUAUCCAAACUAAAUUUAGUUCCUAUGAGACCUACAAUGUCCUUUUGUGACGCAUACAUUAUUGAUAUUAACCUAUAUUUGUCGAAUUUUUGAGAUAUACAUUAGAAAUUACUUGCCCUUUCAGUCUAUAAGGAGAUUACAGAUUUUUAGUUUGAAAGCAAAACUUCCACAGAAAAUAUUCGUAACAUUGCAAUCUUGGCAUAUCGAACCACUUCACACUGUAAUGUAUGCACGAUCAUUCCUCCCUGCUUGGUCUGAUCAUGCCUCCCUCUUGUGUGUUAUCAUAAUUGGUCAAGUUCAGUGAACUCUCCUUCUGAUUGGUUCCGUUGUCGAAUGGAUUAUAGAUUUCUAUUUCAAACCUAUGAAUUCAUUACAAACCCGGCUCGGGACACUUCUCUAUUGGAAAAUGAAAUGCGGCCUUCUGAUUGGUUAUCGUCGUCUGACAAUAUGAUAUUUGACCUAACUUCCCGACUAGUAAAGUUAAACUAUAGACCUAUUUUGAUUUUGCUUUAGAAUAGGAAGUAACUUAGAAAUUUUCGCAGUGUUUAAGUUCGCGGUUGUUUGCGGUACAGUAACGUUAUAUUAACUUUAUCAAAAAUGUUGAAAUGGUAUACAAGUGGUGUAAUAAAACUGGAAAAUAAAACUAAGGAAUAUAAUAUUCGUGUACUGUGUUUACAUUUUCAUUGUUGACAAACAUAUUGAACAGUGGACCACGGUUUAACAUCCCGUUUUAAA